CAUCCAUCCGUCAGGGAAUUCACGGGAGCCGGCCGCCGAGCCGACGCCGUGAGCAAGGCUUCCUUCCUUCCCCUCGGCUCCUCCUGCCUUUGCCUUUUUGAAAACCUCACCCCUUGCGUCCUCCUCCUCGUCUCCUCCCCUGUCCUCGCCUCGCCCCCGCCUGCACCCACCCACCUCUCGCCUCCUCUCAUGGUCCUCAUGGCCGGCGCCUCCGACUCCGACUCCGACCACCACGCCACUGCCAAGGCCGCGCCGGCGCCGGCUCCCUCGGCCCCGGCGUCGUCGCCGUCGCCGUCGCCGGCUCCCGCCGCCGCGCGCACCCGCCUCCAUGACUUCUCCUUCCCGACGCUCAGCUGGGGCACGCACCGCCUGCUCCGCUGCUCCAAGGACGGCGCCUCCGCGUCCCCGCCGCCGCACCCGCAGACGCCGUCGCCCGGGAAGGAGAAGCCCCAGGGCCAGCAGGCCUCCCCCGGCGCCACGGGAGCGUCGCAGCCGCCGCGCCCGUGGAACCUCCGCACCCGCCGCUCCGCCACCGUCGCGCCGCUCGCGUCGAGAUCGGAGGGCGCUUGCAAGGCGGCGGCGGCGCACCAGCCGCUCGCGUCGCCGCCGGCGAAGAGGGGCUUCUCCGCCUCGCUGACCAAGGAGGAGAUCGCCGAGGACUUCGCCGCCAUCCGCGGCACGCGCCCGCCACGCCGGCCCAAGAAGCGGCCGCGCGCCGUGCAGCGCCAGCUCGACAUGCUGUACCCGGGAUUAUCUCUCGCCGAUGUCAAUCUGGACUCGUACAAGAUCGAGGAGAGGUGAUUGGCGCCGUGGUGGAGCUGCAAAUAGGAGGAACUUUUCGGAUGUGUCCAGCUUUCGCUUUCUUCUUGCGAUGGCGAGCAUCUUCAUCCCAUAAUUAUUCUAGUUCUUGCUGAUUAGAAGAUGGAAUGUUAGAUCUCCAGUGCUAAUUCUGUACAUGGGAGUCCUGUUUUAUGAUAAGUUGGGCUGAUGGGCGAUGCUUGUGCUUCGUCGUGUGAUGUUGAGUUCGGGUGGUAUGAUUCUGGUAGAAUUGGGUAAUAUCAUUAGGUGAUGGCAAGUUCUCAUGCUAUGUACAUGGUUCUAAUCUAUGAAAUGCUUUUUUCACUCGGUUCAAGUUUCCCAGAUAAUUUUGUUGAUUA